AUUUCAGGUUAGGUUAUAAUUUAUAUUUGUUAUUGUUGUCUUCAGUUUUUUGAAUAGUUCAUUUAUUUUCAACUUGUUUCAAAGCAUGAUUAUUAUAUUUUUCUUUUUAUUGCUCUUUUUCAGACCCAUGGAUCCAGUUCCCAAACAUGUAGUUAGCAGUGCUGUCAACGAUGACCAAGUUAAGCCACGAUCUCUAAGAUUCACAUGGAGCAUGAAGACGACGUCAUCGAGAGACCCAAAUGAAAUUAUGGCUGAAAUAAGAAAGGUGUUGGAUGCCAACAACUGUGACUACGAGCAGAGGGAGAGGUUCCUGCUGCUCUGUGUCCACGGAGACCCCAACACAGACUCCCUGGUCCAGUGGGAAAUUGAGGUCUGCAAGCUGCCGCGUCUCUCGCUCAACGGUGUCCGGUUCAAGCGCAUCUCCGGCACUUCCAUCGGCUUCAAGAACAUCGCCUCCAAGAUCGCAAACGAGCUGAAGCUGUGACUACCACUGGUCGAGGGCCCUGAGGACUCCAUUGAAUAAUCGCGACGGGCGUUGGAUCGAUAAAUGUAUUAUAUAAAUAAUUCCACGAUCACGCUUCCUCGUCGUCUCGUAGUUCACGCGGCAGUGGGGACUAUCUAUAUAAUACUCGUAUUGAUCGUUGUUGUGAACUCUGUUCCACCGCGAGUGAACUGUGACAGUUGUGUAAAUAUUCAAGUACAGUUUUUCUUUGAAUGGAAAGAAUCUUGAUAUUUCGUUUAUAAUUAGUCGAAUGUUUAUUAUUUGUAUGGCGGCGAUCUCACCUGGUGGACUGUCGUCGCCAUUUUGUUUAGUAUCCAUGUUUCCCUAGCUGUGUCCGUUCCCGUGCAUUUCGAUAAUGUUUUAGUUUAAGCAGAAUUCUAUUUUAGUACUCCUCUUCUUUCUUGCCUCUGUUGUUUUGUUUAUAAUUGUACCCAUCAAUGAUGAUAACUGUUUCUUUUAGAUCGAGAUUUUACAAUUUACAUAGAUGUAUUCGUAUAAAUUAUAUACAAAAUAGUGUUAAAUUAUUCGAUUUAUAAAUUAAUUUAUUGUAUACUAUCUAAAUUAUUAUUGUAAACUUAUUAAAAUUUAUUUUGUACAAUUUUAUUUAAGCAUAAUGAUUGUUUUGAAAUAUUGUUGUAAGUAAAGUAUUUACUUAACUCUAGCGAGAGAGGCGAGGUCCGGUCGGCCGAGAGACGGGAAGGGGUGAGCAGCGGACGAUACUUACUGUAUAUAGAGGGUGCUUGAGUACCGUAUGUAAAUAGUGACUACCCUAGCGUUGAGUACUUAGCCUGCCCGUCGGCACUCACCUAACAUUUAUUACUUUUCCUAAAUAAAUUUGUAAUAAUUGCUGUUUUUCAAUGGUAAAAGUGGCGGACAUUACACAAACUAACAAAAAAUGUUUUUUUUUCUUCUGAAGAAUCCUUCCCAACACCAAUUUUCUAGUUGUGUAUAAAAUAAUGUCGAUAUUUGUGCGGAGCCCAGCUGUAGUAUACGGUAUUCGCCAAAUCUUUUAACACACUUUACUUUCUUUUCCUUGAAUCGAUCUAAUUACUUAACUCAUUGUUCAUUCUAAACAAUAAAUGUGUUCAUAGCGUAUUUUGAACAAGAAAUUGAAAACUUGCUGAUGAAUAAUCAAAAUCUUGUCAAUUAUCAAUGUACUUUGGAAAAUGACAGGAUGGAUUGUUGGCAUCUGAACCACCGUAGUAGACACGCUUUCAUCGGGCUGUUCGUUAUAUUCUGUACCUCAAGCUUAUCUUUGCUUUAGCUUUAAUUUUUACAAAGACCCAAUUCAGAAGGAAUGUGCUAUGGCACUUCUUGACAAUUAUCUAUCUCUCGAAGCUUUCGAAGCUCUGGUAUUUUAAUAAAACACAUUUUGUGAUUUCUUUUUUAAUAAAUCACAAUUGAUGGAAGGUGAAGGUAUGACUGUAGUAUUAAAAUAAAUUUAUAAUAAAAUUUAAAAGAA